UUUUUUUUUUCUUAAGCUUCCUCAAAGGUAAAAAAAAAAAAACUGCUGCUGGAGGUCAGAGGUCAUGUCACGUGUUGUUAGUUGGUCAGGAAACAACAGCAAGGCACCAAAAUGUGAAUAUUUUUUUAUUUUUUUUUAACUAAAGUUGUAUUUUCAUCUAUAUCAGUGUGACGGUCAUUAGUUUUUGGUCUCAGUCAGACCCUCUGUGGUGGUCUUAGGUAUUCUUGGUGAGAUGAUUUCUGCUGUAUGGAUGAAGGUUGUUUCAUGUAGACUUUUAUUGUGAAGGCUGCCUGGCGGGCCGUGCUUUUACUGUGAAGGGCUUGCCUGACGGUUCCCUUUCGGGGUGAGACUCACUUCCGGGUUGAGUGUGCAGUCUCAGCAUAGACCAUUUGGUGGAUGGGGUGUGGGCGAGUAUGUUGUGGCCGAAGACAGUCGAAAAUAAUAAUAAAAGUACCUCCCUCAUCUCUUUUUUUCUGAUGUCAAGGAUGGUAAACUGUUUUUUUUGGGGGGGGGAGCUAGUUGUUCCUAAGGCCGCUUUGUGACGUGCUGGUUCUAAAUGGUUUCGGCUGACACCCCCGUCCUCCGAAUGGUUUGUGCCGACACACACAGCCCGUGAGGUCGUCUCGGUACGGCGGCUCGGAGGACUCAGACCGCUCGCGCUGCAGACGAUGGGAGACGUUGUGUGUGAAGAACUGGAAGAUUUAGUUCAUUUUUCAGUGCACGACCUGCCAGCACGAGGAUAUGUCGUCAUGGAGGAAAUACGACGUCAGGGGAAACUCUGUGACGUCACCCUUAAGGUCGGCGAUCAUAAGUUCAGUGCUCACCGGAUUGUUCUGGCUGCUUCUAUCCCAUACUUUCACGCCAUGUUCACCAACGACAUGGUGGAGUGUAAACAGGAUGAGAUCCUCAUGCAGGGGAUGGACCCCAGCGCUCUGGAGGCUCUGAUUAACUUUGCAUACAGCGGUCAUGUGGCCAUCGACCAGCAGAACGUUCAGUCUCUCCUCAUUGGCUCCAGCUUCCUGCAGCUUCAGAACGUGAAGGACGCCUGCUGCUCCUUCCUGCAGGACAGAUUACACCCGAAGAACUGCCUGGGUGUGCGUCAGUUCGCAGAGACCAUGAUGUGCACGACGCUCUACGACUCAGCCAACAGUUUCCUGCACCAGCACUUUGUGGAGGUGUCGCUGUCAGAGGAGUUCCUCAGCCUGAGGACUGAGGACGUGCUGGAAUUGGUCGGCUGUGAUGAACUGAACAUAAAGGCAGAGGAGCAGGUGUUCGAGGCAGCCUUGGCAUGGGUGUAUCAUGACCAAGACCGUCGAAAGUCUCUGCUGCCGGAACUGCUCUCAAAAAUCCGGCUGCCGCUGUGCCGACCUCAGUUCCUGUCAGACUGCGUCCAACAGGACGAUCUUGUCCGCUGCUGUCACAAAUGCAGAGAUCUGGUGGAUGAGGCCAAAGACUUCCAUUUGAUGCCAGAGCGCCGUCCCCACCUUCCAGCCUUUAAGACCAGGCAGCGCUGCUGUACGUCCAUCACAGGACUCAUCUAUGCCGUGGGAGGACUCAACAGUUCUGGUGACUCCCUGAAUGUGGUCGAAGUCUUUGAUCCAAUUGCAAACUUCUGGGAGCGCUGCCAGCCUAUGAAGACGGAAAGGAGCCGAGUGGGUGUGGCCGUCGUGAACGGGCUGCUGUAUGCCAUUGGCGGAUACGAUGGCCAGUCGCGGCUCAGCACUGUGGAGGUGUACAACCCAGAGACGGACAGCUGGACAAGAGUUUCUAGCAUGAACAGCCAGCGCAGUGCCAUGGGAACUGUUGUGAUUGACGGUCACAUCUACGUGUGCGGUGGCUACGACGGCAAGUCGUCUCUGAGCUCGGUGGAGCGCUACUCUCCGGACAUGGACAGGUGGACGGUGGUGAUGGAGAUGAGCGCGAGCCGCAGUGCCGCUGGCGUGACGGUCUUUGACGGCCGCAUCUUUGUGUCAGGCGGCCAUGACGGUCUGCAGAUCUUCAACACUGUGGAGUACUACAACCACUACACCGACCGCUGGCACCCUGCACCCGCCAUGCUGAACAAGCGCUGCCGUCACGGCACUGCGGCGCUUGGUAGCCACAUGUACGUGGUGGGAGGUUAUGACGGCUCUGGCUUUCUCAGCGGGGCUGAAGUUUUCAGCUCAGUGUCCAGACAGUGGAGCCACCUGGUGGCCAUGAACACACGACGCAGCCGAGUGUCACUGGUGGCAACAUCGGGCAGACUUUAUGCUGUGGGCGGCUAUGAUGGCCAGUCCAAUCUCAGUUCUGUGGAAAUGUACAACCUGGACACCAACCGCUGGACAUUCAUGGCACCCAUGAUUUGCCAUGAAGGCGGGGUUGGCGUGGGGUGUAUACCGCUGCAACCUGCCUAAAGCAGCUAAUCAGAGGCCCAGAUUUAUUGUGGCAUUCCAAACUGUUGGUAAAACUCUGAGAUGGGAGCCUCCUUAAAGGUCCCACGAUUCAAGCUUUAAUGGUACAACGUCCAGCGUGACCUGCGGACUGACGCCUGGCCCGUGGUAUUAUGGGAAAAAUGAUAGCAUUGGCCAGAAUGGCACUUUGACUGAUCCGUGUUGAAAGAUCAGUUUUAUACUUGAUAAAAAAAUGACUCAUGGGGACCAAAACAAAGCCUGCUCACUUGAAACCAUGUCGGAGCUUAACGGCACCGUGAAAACAGGAAGCGAGCGGUGAAAUCGACUGUCGCAGGUUUCGUUUGUACAGUGUGAUCUGGAGCGGACCGCAGGUUUUUCAUUCCAGCAGGUGAUGUCACUGAUGAACCCCAUCCUGAGCAGAGGGGAGGAGUUUAACAGUGACAUCACGUGGUGCAGUUCAAAGCUGAACAGAUAGGGGGCGCUCACACAAUGAGCAGGUCAUCAUAAUCAAGGGCUGUUCUGCUUUUCAGAGGAAAGACAUUUGUGUGACGUCCAGUCACAUCAGAUGCUGAUAUGCUGCCACAUUAGCUAACUGUGUUAAAAUCCUCAUAUUGUUCCGAAAACUGUAAGACGAGAUUUGGAUAAAUGGAUCCACUGACUAACAGUAAUUUAUGUCCGUAGCUUAGCCCAAGCAGCUAGCCCCAAUAGGAGGAGGAGCUUGUUUGUAGUCAGAUGUAAAUCGUAAUGAUUUUCAAAAGUAAUUUAAUCUUGCAGUACCAAUAAAAACUAUU